AUGCGCCUGCUCCCCAAGAUCGAAGAAGAUCGACCGACACCCAAGGAGAUCUACAACUUCAGAACAUAUCUCUUCGCUGCCAUCGCCUCCGCCGGUGCCGCCACCAUCGGAUAUGACAGCGCCUUCAUUGGGGGCACCAUAGCCCUCGACUCCUUCAAAGAGGAGUUCUCCUUUGCGCAGAAACCUCCGCAAGAGGUUGACCUCAUCUCGGCCAACAUCGUUUCGUGCUACCAGGCCGGCGCGUUCUUUGGCGCCAUCCUUGCCUAUUUGGCCGGUCACUUUCUCGGUCGCCGUCUUGGCUUGCUCGUUUUUGGCCCCAUCUUCAUGCUUGGUGCUGGCCUCAUGUUAGCAGCGAGUCGCGAGCGCGGCCUUGCCUGCAUCUAUGCGGGCCGAGUCAUUGCAGGACUCAGCAUUGGCGCUAUAUCCAACCUCAUCCCCAUCUACAUCUCGGAGCUUUCACCUCCAGCCAUUCGCGGCCGGCUUGUUGGUAUGUGGGAAGUCGGAUGGCAGUGUGGCGGCCUUGUCGGGUUUUGGAUCAACUAUGCUGUGAGCCGGACGCUGCCCUCGAAUCACAAGCAGUGGAUUAUUCCCUUCGCCGUUCAGCUCAUCCCAGCUGGCAUCCUGAUCGCCGGCGCUCUUGUCACCGACGAGAGUCCGCGAUGGCUCAUCAGUAACGGCAAACGGCAGAAGGGAAUUCAGGUGUUGAGUGGCCUCCGAAACCUACCCGAAGACCAUAUCUACCUGCGAGAAGAGAUCGCGCAGAUCGACCAGCAAAUCGAAAUACAAGCUUCUUCGAUUGGUCUCGGCUUUAAUGCGCCCUUCAUAGAGCUCUGGAACAACUCCAAUGUUCCUUUCCGACUCUUCCUAGCUGGAAGUCUCUUCUUUUGGCAGAAUGGUUCCGGUAUCAACGCAAUCAACACUCGAGGGGGGGUUACUCACCGUGAGCCGGAGCGGCCCGCCGCAGACCAGCGCCCUGUCGCCGUCGCACGGCAGGCCGCACUGCGCGUCGGGGACCCGCGCCGCGAGGGCGGACAGGUGCGCGCCGCACCAGCACUCGCGCGCGUACUCGAGCCCGGCGUACCGGAAGGCGGAGCCGUUGUCGGCCGUCGCGCAGAAGGCGAGGCAUUUCGGCGCCGUCAUGGCGCCGGCCAGGACCUCGUGCGCGCCGCCGGAGCCGUCGCCGCCGACCGCCCGCCCGCCCGAGGUCCCCGGCAGGUCCGAGGUCUCGUUGAAGCAGCCCUGGUAGGCGUACUGCGAGGAGCCGUUGUAGACCUGCAGGGCCGGGGGCGAGGGUGUCGUUGA